CCUCAUUCCCAUCCUCUCUCUGUCACUUACGGAGCGCACGGUCCCGUCCUUCCCCCAGCGCAAGAGGAGACACCGUCUUCAACAAUGGUUUUCCCGCAGAUGAUUCGAGGUGUCCCUCUACUUGUCCUGUUAGUUGUCGUUUGCUGUCAUGCGGAGGAGGUAAAGAGUAAGUCAAAGGUGUGUGCCAACGUGUUUUGCGGAGCAGGAAGAGAGUGUGCAGUGACAGAGAAAGGAGAGCCAACCUGCCUUUGCAUUGAGCAAUGUAAACCGCACAAGCGUACGGUGUGUGGCAGUAAUGGGAAGACCUAUCGCAACCACUGUGAGCUCCACAGAGACGCAUGCCUGACCGGCCUCAAGAUUCAGGUGGCCUACGACGGACACUGCAAAGAGAAAAAGUCAGAGAAAGCUGCUGCUAGCCCAAUUGUGUGUUAUCUUGCUGACCGUAACGAGCUGAGAAACAGGGUCAUUGAGUGGCUGCAGACAGAGGUGGUUCCAGACGGCUGGUUCUCCACGGGCUCCAACUUCACUGAUAUCCUCUUCAAAUACUUUCAGAACUUUGACAAUGGUGAUGCCCAGCUUGAUUCCAGUGAGUUUCUGAAAUUCAUUCAGCACAAUGAGAGUGCCAUUAACAUCACAUCCUACACCAAUGAAGAGAACAACCGCCUGCUUCGGAGCCUCUGUGUAGAUGCCCUGAUUGAACUCUCUGAUGAGAAUGCUGAUUGGAAAUUGAGCUUUGACGAGUUUCUCAACUGCCUGAAGCCUGGUUUCAACCCUCCAGAGAAAAAGUGUGCCCUGGAGGACGAGACGUAUGAGGAUGGAGCGGAGACACAGGUGGAGUGUAACCGCUGUGUGUGCGCUUGCGGUAACUGGGUGUGCACGGCUGUGACCUGUGACGGGUCUGAGAAGCUGCCUGGCUUCGAGGCAGAGGAGGAUGAUGAUAAGGAGAUGACUGAGGAAGAGUGGUCUCAAAGAGUGGCAGAGCUCAACAAACAUCAGGAAACCGUGGAGAAGAUGAAAGUGAAUACGAAGGAAGUAUGAGGAGAUGAGAGAGUAGAAGAGUUACAAGAUGUGGUUCCUGUAUUGAGAGACACAGAAACUCACUCUCUCUCUCUCUCUCUCUGUUGUUCA